AUAUAUAUAUAUACACACACACACACACACUAUAUUGCCAAAGUAUUGGCAAUAUUAAAUCCAAAUAAUUGGAUUCAGGUGUUCCAAUCACCUCCAUGGCCACAGGUGUAUAAAAUCAAGCACCUAGGCAUGCAGACUGCUUCUACAAACAUUUGUGAAAGGAUGAUGUGCUCUCAGGAGCUCAGUGAAUUCAAGCGUGGUACUGUGAUAGGUUGCAACCUGUGCAAUAAGUCCAUCCAUAAAAUUUCCUUGCUACUAAAUAUUCCACUAUCAAAUGUUAGUGGUAUUAUAACAAAGUGGAAGCAACUGGGAACAACAGCAACUCAGCCAUGAAGUGGUAGGCCAUGUAAAAUGACAGAGCGGGGUCAG